UGCAAACGCAACCCCAGCUCACAAGCGCGGUGCUCCACUCCACCACAGAAAACACAGCAAACGCCAAUGGCGUCCUGCAGCCAGCACCUCCUCUCAGCCGUCGCCAUCUUCUCCGUCCUGGCCGGCGUCGCGACCGCCACCAGCAUCUACACCUGCUACGAAGGGAUGGGUCUCCCCGUCAACCCGCUCCAGGGCUGCCGUUUCUACGUGGCCUCGCAGACCUGCGGCGCCGUGCCGCUGCUCCCCAUCGAGGUGAUGAAGGACUGGUGCUGCCGGGAGCUGGCCGGCAUCUCGUCCAACUGCCGCUGCGAGGGGCUGCGCGUCUUCAUCGACCGGGCGUUCCCUCCCAGUCAAAGCCAAGGCGCGCCCCCUCAGCUGCCGCCGCUGGCGACCGAGUGCCCCGCGGAGGUGAAGAGGGACUUCGCCAGAACGCUCGCCCUGCCCGGGCAGUGCAACCUGCCAACCAUCCAUGGAGGCGCCUACUGCGUCUUCCCAUGAACGCUAGUUAGUUCAUUGGGUCGUCGUGUGAAUGAAUGAAUAAGCAGCAUGUCGCGUUCGUGGAUGCAGAAGUGCACAAGUGCAAAAUAAAGUGAAUCUUUCGGUGGUUCUUAAA